AUGCCUCCUCGUCUCCUAGAACCGAGCAAGCCCGCGCAGGGACAGCUCUCCUCACAGCCCAGCAAGCGCAGCAAAAAGCAGCCGAGCGAGUUGAGAAAGACCCUGAAACCUUUGAUGGAGAAAAGAAGACGGGCGCGAAUCAACGACAGCUUGAAUAAGCUAAAGACUCUGAUCCUGCCUCUCAUUGGCAAAGAUAGUCCCCGGUACUCCAAGUUGGAAAAGGCUGAUAUCUUGGAAAUGACGGUUCGAUUUCUGCACAAUUUGCCCAAAACACCAUUCCACAGUCGCCUGGAUAGCUUUCGCGAAGGAUAUCGGGCUUGCCUCCUUCAACUGACAAGGCUGCUCCCGUCUUCAAAACUCUCGGAAACAGAACUGUGUAAUAACCUGACAAGUUACCUGGAGAGGUGCAUGGACUUGCCCUUGGCUUCCUCCCAUCCGUAUUCGCACAGCAGGGCCCCGUCCUGCCCGGAGGAAGCGCGGAGCUCCGUCCGGUCCAACUCCAACCACAGAGCAGCGGAUCUUGCUCCAUCGUCGCCCGCCGUCAGCCCUCGUCCACAAGCCACGGCGACGUACCACGACAGAGCCAUCUGGAGGCCCUGGCUAUCGGCGUGA